GCCGCCAUCACAUUCGUUGCUUCGUUCGGGUAUUGUUCAUUCGUUGAUCACAAUUUGGUAAUUGCUCGUUCAAUUGCCAUCACGUCGUUUUCGCUUUUUCCUGCACAUUUAAAUUAGUUAAAAUAUUAUACAGUAAAAUUAUAGUAUUUUACUUUUAUUGUAUAACUAAAAAUUUGACUAAUGCUUCGAAAAACGUAAAUUAAUUACUUUUUUCGUAACAAUAAGUGAAAUACGCAGUAGAACAGAGCAGCAAAGUGAUCGGAAAAUUGUGGAAAAAAUCACCAAUUUUCUUUUUUGGAGCUCCUCACGCACCUAAAGAAAAUAUAUACCUACACUUAUUGACUACUGCAGGAAUCGUAGUGAAAAUCGACGCGACAGCAAAAAAUAAGCCGUAUGAUAUAUAUCCACUUUAAUUGAAAGCGGAAAGGCUGAGCAGUUUUAUUGGAGCGUAGAACUGGAAUCAAAAACUUCGCAUCGAAGCGGAAUACUUGAAUAUUUCGGUGAAAAGUUGGUAAUUGAAGCAUUGGAAUCUGCGUGGAUUGCACGGCGUUUGACAUAAAAUAAUAAAAUACAAACGAAUCUUCUUCGUCAAGACUUCACCUAAGAGUAAAAAUGUAUGCAGGUGGUUAUGCGGUGAGCGGUGGAAGUCCACAAGCCAACUCUAAUGGAUUCUAUGGUGCCAGUGGCGUCGCAGGUGGUCCGCGCCCUGACCGCCCCCAUUACCAACGUAAUGCUAUUAACAAUGGCAACAAUGCCGGUAUGCCAUAUGGUGGUGGAUCUGCAUUGUAUGGUGGCGCCCAAAGCUCUUAUCGUGGAGGCAGCAGCUCUAAUUCGAUGGUGACAAGUGGGGGUCCGAGCUUCUAUGGCAGUGGUGUUGCCACUCCUGGAGGCUACCAAGCUCGUGGUAAAAAUCCGAAUUUCGUACCACGUUAUCAAAAACCAAACGGCGGCUACCAACCUAAUAGCGGCUACCAUGGUGGUAUGAAUUUAGGUUUAUUGAGCAAGGAAGAGCGAGCCGAACUUCAACGUGAAAAAGCUAAAAAUCCCGGUCGUAACCUACAAAUCCCACUUUGGGAAAAUUUACAACCUUUCAAGAAGAAUUUCUAUGUACCACAUCAAAACACAUUGAAUAUGAAUGAACAAGCUGUUGCUGAGUUACGCAAUGAGUUGGAGAUAACAGUUUCGGGAAAUGGUAUUCCCCAUCCAGUAUCGACAUUCGAGGAAUGUUCUCUGCCAGAAUAUACAAUUGAAGAGAUGAAGCGCCAGGGCUUCACUAAACCCACUGCUAUUCAAGCACAAGGUUGGCCUAUUGCUCUUUCUGGUCGUGACUUAGUUGGUAUAGCACAGACCGGUUCCGGUAAGACGUUGGCAUAUAUGUUGCCUGCUAUGGUACAUAUUGCAAAUCAGCCACCAUUACAACGUGGAGAGGGUCCCAUAGCAUUGGUAUUGGCUCCAACACGUGAAUUGGCUCAGCAAAUACAAUCUGUUGUUCGUGAUUAUGGACACUUGUCUAAACCUGAAAUUCGCCAUACCUGUAUUUUCGGUGGUUCUUCAAAAAUACCGCAAGCUCGUGAUUUGGAAAGAGGCGUUGAAGUCAUUAUCGCUACACCAGGCCGACUAAUCGAUUUCUUAGAGAAUCGGAACACAAACUUGCAACGUUGUACCUAUUUGGUAUUGGACGAAGCUGAUCGCAUGCUGGACAUGGGUUUCGAGCCACAAAUCCGUAAAAUAAUAGAGCAAAUUAGACCCGAUCGUCAAGUGGUUAUGUGGUCCGCAACUUGGCCCAAGGAAGUACAGGCACUGGCCGGUGAUUUCUUAAAGGAUUAUAUUUCUAUAAACAUUGGAUCGAUGAACUUAUCAGCUAAUCACAAUAUUCGACAAAUUGUAGAAAUUUGUCAAGAAUCUGAGAAGCCACAACGGGUUAUCAAGUUGCUAAAAGAAGUAGCACCCACCACUAAUAAUGCUGCUAACAAUAAUAACAAGAUUAUUAUAUUUGUCGAAACUAAGAUAAAGGUCGAAGAAAUAUUGCAAAUAAUUCGCAGUGAAGGUUACACCGCCACUUCCAUUCAUGGUGAUAAGUCCCAGCCUGAACGUGAUUCAGUGUUGAAAGAUUUUCGCAACGGCAAAUCGAAUAUUUUAAUUGCCACCGAUGUGGCCUCACGUGGCCUAGAUGUAGAAGAUUUGCAGUAUGUCAUCAAUUACGAUUAUCCAAACUCAUCUGAAAACUAUGUACAUCGUAUUGGACGUACUGGUCGUUGCCAGCAGUUAGGCACAGCUUAUACUUUAUUUACUCCUGACAAUGGAAAACAGGCACGCGAUCUAAUUUCUGUGCUGGAGGAGGCCGGUCAGGUACCUCCACCGGCUUUAAUGGAUUUGGCACGUUCUUCAGGCGGAAAUGGUAAUGGUCGAGGCAACAAUAAUCGCCGCUGGCAGCAACAGCCUCCUCAUCAGCAACGCACCAAUCCCCUAAAUUAUCAGGCGGGCAACAACGCUAACGGUUCGUAUGUCCCGAAACAGAAUCAUUAUCAGCAGCAAAGCAGCGGCAUAUAUCAGCAACAUAACAGCGCUAGCAGCGGUGGCGCUGGCGGCAACUGGAACAAUCGUGCAGGCGUGGUUAACAGCGGCACUGGUGGCCAGUACAAUAGCCAAGAUGCAAGCGGCGGCCGCACUUAUCGUCCACGUGCACCGUUCAACGCGGGUGGACCUCGCCCUAUGAUGGGCUAUAUGCCACCACAUAUGCAACAAAAUAACGGCUACAUACCACAACAACAAUAUCGACCACGUGGUCAACAAUUCAUUCCACAACAAACUGGUAAUGUACCUCGUUUCCAGCAAUAUCAAAAACGCGAAUAUAAUCCACAGCACUACGACAAACAGCAGCAACAACAAAAUGUUGCCAAUGGCGGGGCUGCUGGUGGUGUUGAGCUUCAACAGCAUAAUGGUGUUAUAAAUGGCGCUGCAGUUACCAUUCAGCAGCAGCAACAACAACAGCAGCAGCAACACCAACAACAGGUGAAUGUAGCUGCCAACAUAGCAGCUGCUGUCGCUGCUGCCGGCGGUCAAUUGGGGGGUGAGUAUCCCAGCAAUGUAUCAACACCACCGGCUGCGGCAUUAUAUGCAGCACCUGCACAAUCGCCGCCGACCGCAGCUGCCAAUACGGCUGCUUAUAUGUAUGAUGCUAGUGGUGUUUUAGCAGCAGCAGCUGCUGCCGCUGCUGCCAAUCCAUAUGGAGGCUUGCCACCACAUGCCACCGCUGCUUACUAUCCACAUCCACACCAGUUUGCCGCUGGCGUGGCACCGGCCACGGCUGCCGAUGUUUUGCAACAGCAGCAGCAGCAACAACAACAACAGCAGCAGCAGCAAAGAGCGUAAGUGCAUCAGACGAAAAACGAAUUUUCGAAGUGCGCAUAGCGAAUAUAUAAAAUAUACAUUUCUUCAAUUUUAUCGACUUAAAAAUAUUAAUUACUUAUUGAUACUACUACAACAGAAAAAAAACAUUCAUAAAUAAUAAUCGAUAGAGAGUAAUUGUUCACGGUGUUCAUUGGAUUGAAGCCGGAAUGUGCUAAAACGCAAAAGUGCAUUUCCUAAUUUUUAUAUAUUAUUUCAUAACAAAAAAAUAUUAUUCCGGUUUCUAUAAGAUCAUAAAAUUAAGCGAGCAACUAAAAGAAAGCAGUCAGUAACUAUGCAACAACAAUUUAAACGCUGAAUUUUUGACAACAGCAUCGAAUGAAAUGAAAUUCGAAAUUUGUUAUUUUCGUACAAAAAAUGCGGAAACCGACAAAAUGAAAACCUAUUUUACAACACAUUUCUAGUUAUUCAUUAAUAUAAUUUUAACGAUAUUCCGCAAAAAUAUUUACUUUGCAUCUGAAUUAAUACCUGUUAAGUAGAGAACCGCGAAAAAAAUCGUCUUACAACGAUUACAUCUAGUUUUUUUUUAUUACUUUUUGUUUUUAUUUGUUUGCUUCACUUUAUAUGAAUUACCUAAAAUUAAUUGUAUUAACUUUACAAGUAGAUUUCUCAGGAACAGCUCAUUUUUAUGAUAGUUUUGAUGAUAGUAUCAAAGUAAAUAGGAUUAUAGAAAAAAUUUGGCCAUCGAACGAGGAUAUAUUUAAAUUUUAAUGAAAACAGAUUUCAUCGAAACGCAAUUCAGUCGAUUUCAUUGCAACUAAUAUUUAGGAAUUGAAAUCAUUAACUUUUGAAAUCCAUAGAUUAGAGCGGAUUAUGUAAUUGUACAAUAUUAUUUUUGCGGUCCUUGCCACCAUAAACUAAUAAACAAAUUUUGUUACAUAGUUUUGAAAAUAAAA